CAUCAUCGCGUGCGUCUUGCACGACCUCCCUCGCUCAUUGCCCACCCGUUCUUGACGGUGGCCGUGGAAGGCAACGAGUCUCGCUGGCCUGCUGCUCUUCCUCGCUUGCAGCAAGGUCCAGGCAUUGUAGGAGCGAAGAGACGCGUUGUUGAAUGGUUAUGGUCGAGCCUGUCUUGGCCUCCAUCAACUCCCUACUGGCUUAUCCUGUACCACUACGCCCUGCGUUAGCCCACUCCGCCUUCCGGUCUCUUUCCGCAUCCAUGCACCCUCAGUCCUACAACGCCGUCUCCUCCCGUUCAAAACGCGCAAAGGGAAAGCAAAGAGCACUGCCAGACACAGAUUGGUUCACAGAUUCCCAGUGGCUUACUCAUAAUCAUUGCAGUAAACGUGUAUCUCCCUUUCCUGACCCUCCUGAAUCGCCAAUACGACAUCGCAUCCAGACACAUCUUCGUCACCCCACACGCCCAUCAUUGUCACCAAGCUCGUCCACCAUCAUCCCUGCCUUCCGGUCGCCAUGUCGCGUGCACGUCCGCUACGCCUCCGAUUCCACCCUUCUCGCCACUCGCAAAGCUCUCCCCGUCAACGUCUUCGACCAUUUCGUACGGGACCAGCCGAUCAAAGGUCACCCAGUACUCCUUGAUGAGGCCUGGAGGGCGUUCGAGACCCUUCGCGAUCAAAACAACCGGUCCAUAUCUUCUCAUUCGACCCUGUCCGCCUUCGUGGACCGCGCUCUAACCGAAGUAGAGAACACGCUCCUCUCAGAGGAUGACUCUGAGCAGUUUCAGGAAUGGAUGGAGCGACUGCAACCCCUGGUCGAUGAGUUGGGUUCUACAGCUAAACUUCGGCACCAGCAGCAGACCUUUCACUGUCUCUCAGCUCGAUGCCUUGCUCUCUCUGCCGACACCGCUGCCGCGCUUGCCGCUUGGAAAGAGUUCAAGGCAAGGAAACACCGACGGGGGUUCGACCCAAUGGAGCUUCGGAUGAUCAACACCCUUGUCCAUGCCCUUGACCUGCAUGGCGGUCCCGAAAGAGUACUCGACUUCGUGGCCCACGAAUACGAGACUGUAGGUACACUUGUCCUUUCGCAGGAAUACCGAAGCGGUAGAUCGAAGACGGACUUGCGCUCUGGCCCAGACUACGAUAGGCUCUGUCAGACCGUGUUCUUGAUACUGGAUAGGAUCGAGUUCCCUGCAGUGCUUGUCGCCAAUCGGAGGGAGAUAGGCAGCGAGAUGCGUCGAAAGAACGUCGGCGUCGUACUUGUUCUUUUUCUCAUACACAGGCGAGCAGCAGAGGAUGCCGUGGCCGUGUGCGAGGAGAUGUAUUCACAACGCCUCGAACUUCCCCACUGGGUCACGCUUCGAUUAAUCCGCUCUCUCGUUCGCAACAAUGCCUUUGAGAUGGCUAACACACUCUUCGCUCGUGUAAACAAUUCGCUACCACCGGAAGAUCAAGACUCGGUACACGUCUUGUCCGCGGGACUUCACUUAUUCUCCCAUCAAGGCGAUAUUCAACGCACGGAGCAGUAUUUCGAGGCUAUGAAGGCUCGGGUAGGCCUCGAACUGCCAGCCAUAAACAUGUUGCUUCAAGCGCACGCUGUCAAUGGUGAUGCCACGACCGUCGUACAACUCUUUCGCACCUACUUUCCUGACUCAACCGCCGACACUCCCGACCAACUUCGUCCCAAUAUCAUCCACUAUUCCACCCUCAUCCUCGCCCACGCCAACGCACGAGAUUUUGUCGGAAUGAACAAUUGGUUACAGACCAUGAUCGACGCCGGAUUCGCACCGGACCAACAUGUCUAUGGCCUCCUCAUCCAGAGUUUCGCCUCUCGAGGCGAGCUUGAGACCGUCGCAAGUAUCAUGGACCAGAUGCGCGAGGCGGGCCUCCGACCGAGCGCUGCGACGUACACGACCGUCAUCUCUAUGUUGUCGAAGAGGAAGGACCCCGUUGCGGCCGAGGCGAUGUACAAACGCGCCAUUCGCGAAGGUAUCUUUCCGGAUCGACAUAUGAUCGCAGCGCUCAUGACCGCACAUAUGGAGGCGGGCUCGUAUCGGGGCGUUAUUAGGGCCUUCGACUAUCUCGUCUCGUCAAAGGAUCGACAUCUUCGGCCACGCAUCGGUGUGUACAACAUCUUGCUCAAGUCGUACGUCCUCCUUAGCGCACCGUUCGAGAUCGUGUCGGGGGUGUUUAGUAGGAUGGAGAAGGCGGGGCUGAGACCGACGGUUCAUACGUUCGCUAUCCUGAUGCAGGCGGCGUGCGUUGCCGGGAGGAUGGAGAUCGCGGUCAAUAUUUUCAAUGAGCUCGAGCGACUGGCCGCUCAUUGGGAGACCGGACUGCACAUCAACGUUUAUGCCCUCACAUUACUGAUGUCGGGAUACCUUCGACUGGGCGACAAGAUCAAGGCGAAGGAGGUCUACGACAUGAUGUUAGAGCGCGGGAUCCAACCGACCUCGAUGACAUACGGUUCGAUCUUACGAGCAUACGCACAGGAGGGCACCGAGGAGUCUCUGGAGCUCGCGAAGGAAUUCUUGAAGUCGUUGAUGUCUUCCGAACCGAAGGAUAGGACGUGGCUCUACGCUGCCGGCUCCCAACGUGGCUACGAGAGCAUCUACGCACCCGUGAUGGCCCAACUCGGCCGACUUCAACGUCCAGAAGACGUGGAGGACUACUUCCAGGAGAUCAUCGAGGCCGGAGGGGAGCCCACACUCCCCCUCCUCACUCUCCUCCUCAACGCCUACCGCGUCGUCGGCAACAUCCCCGCUCUACGUCAAGUCUGGUCGCAGAUCCUCCGUCUCGGCCUCCGCCACGCACAAGUCGACUCCCUCUUCGCCUCCUCCACCGAUUCCUCCGAACGACCACGCCUAGACCUCCAACGACAAGCGAACGUGCUCUGCGUCCCGCUCUCGAUCUACAUCGACGCGCUCUCCGUCGCGGGCUAUCACGACGACGCGGCCGAAGUCUGGGCGGAAGUCAAAUCGCACGGGUUCGCGUUCGACUCGCAUAACUGGAACCACCUCGUCGUCGUCCUCGUCCGCGCAGGCGAACCCGAACGGGCCUUCCAAGUCGUUGAACGCGUCAUCCUGCCCUAUCAACGCCAAACCGCGAAGAUCGUCGCAGAGCGGGACGACAACCCUUCGUCCCCACUGACGUUCGACGACGAGAUCCCGUGGGAGGAAUUGAGUCCCGACGUCGAUAAACCGCUGCGAGCGAAUAUGAAUCCGAAGAAUCGGCCCGCAGCGACGAGGGUGAAUCGCCGACAGGUGGGCAGCGAGCUCGCGAUGGCCGCCGAGGAGCGUCCGAACGAUUUCGCGCAUCCGUUGCAUAUAUUGCAGCAGGUCUAUCCUUCGUGGAAUCUGUGGAGGCCGCACGGGGCGACGAUGAGUCUGCUCGGGAUGGUGCUCAAUCAUCUCGAGUCGGGGAGGUUGGUCCAGCCGGUGAUGCCGCCGGAGGAUGUGAGGCGGUGGAAGCAGGAAGUGGGGGACGAGGCGGAGGUGGCGGAGGAGGUGUUGGUGAGGAUAUUGGAGAACUGUCCGGAGACGGUUAGUGUGGUGAGGUCGUUUGAGGACCGGUUGAGAGGACGGGCGGCGAUGUCUGAGUUUAUCAGGGAGAGGAGAGGAAAUCUGAAGCCUUCGUGAUUUAUCUUUUCUCUCUCCAGCUUCAGCCUGUGGCAGUCUGGCCGUCCGAUAUCAAACACAUCUCGACUUCACAGCCCUCCGUUCUCCUUUUCUAUUUCUUUUUUUUUUCGAUCUAUUGAUGCUUUCGCUUUCGAGUUUGAGUGCCCUGUACGCUGUUUGGUUCAGGUGAGAUGAGGGUGGGAACAAUAAGUAAGUAAGUAAUUAAGUACAUAAGUAAUUCAAG